AUGUUUUUUCUAGAGGUCGCAGUGCUUCCUUCCAUGCUGAGUGGGCCACUUGUCCAUUUGGGAGCCAAAGCCCAGAAAUUCGGAUAUGAGUCUUUUCUCUGUGUCCAUUGUGAAGAAGUAAUUGGUACUAGGCAUUUGGCAACUAGCACUACUUAUCCUAAGAGGCGCAAGUUAAUUGAUCGGCCUGAGAGGACUGCUAUUGAAGCACUUCCUUCAAUUAUGUGCAAGGGAAUAUCACAAGAGCAGGAUGAACCAUUGGAAGAUAUGUAUGUAAUGUGCACAAAAUCAACCAUGCUCUAUGGAGCAGCCGGUCACAAGGGAUAUAGCACAAGUGAAGAAUUGCACUAA